UUUUCCCUUUUUGUUUCAAUCUCCCCGUAUUCGAGAGCUCCAAACGCCUGAUAUUGGUGCGUACGAGUAACGGGUGCGUUGGUGUACGAGUAUCCUCUGCAAAAGGGACUGAAGGUGGCGGCCGGGGUAGGAAGCCUGAGGGAGUAGUCAGUGUGUCGUGAGCCGUGGAGGGGGAGGCACACGUCUCUCUCCCGCGCUCCGCUGACCCGCCUUUAGUGCGUUCCUAGUUUGUUGUGCAGUGUGUUUCGAGGAGUCACCCCUCACGCCGGUUCCCCCGUCACCAUUUUCUCUGUUCCCGGGAUGAGUGCCGCGGCGGAGUGACGAGAGGAGCGGGAGCAGCGCGGGAUGCCGAGUGCCUGGCAAGGACGACGACCUGACUAUGAUGGCAGGAGAUAAACACAAAGGGACAUAUUCAGAAACGCUUCCUUCCCUCUCCCAUCGCGACCAUUUUCAAAGACUACAGAGACCACUAGCCGAGUUGUAAAGAGUAUUUGUCCUGUUGAUAGUGCAGAAAACUUGUUAACAUGUCACUAGGAUUACAGAAAGAUCCUUAAAAACUCGAGUCACUUCAACUAGAACUCUGAAAAGUAGUGAAGGUGCGGCGCGGAAGUGUAUCAGAACAUGGGCCAAAGAGAGACAAGAGACUGGCAGGAAUAAGAAGUCUGUCCUACCACUGAAACGCAUUGAGGUGAAUGUAAUAGCGUGCAUGUGUCCGGUAAGGAGUGUGAUAGUGGCAGUGUGAUCUAAAUAAGUGCAAAGUGAGUGUUUGCCGGUGAUAAAUGCUAUUAGGAAGUGUGUGAAGUGAAUUGUGAUUGUUCAGAAAUACGUGAUCAUUUUAUACAACGCGCCAAGCCAAUGUAGCAAUGAGUGAACGUAGAUAUGUUAGUGAGAAAAAAAUAGAAAAAUAAUUGAAGGAAAAAGGAAGUGUAUGAAAGCAAGGCGCGAUUAAUGGCAAAAAUAAACAAGGUCUGGGUUGUGCAGUAGAGGCUCUCCCCUCGCUCGGCCGAUAAUUACGACUUGUGUAAUGUAAAAUUUAUCAUCACUUCCAGCGGUGAAUAAUGCUGAUGAAAAUUGACGCUUAUGUUGGGAAGGUGAUGAAUAUCCCAGGAAAAUUAAUGUAGUCAUAAAGAAAAAUGAGAUCGCGAAUGGCAAAUUUUUGGCGGGGACAUUUAUACAUAUAAUUGAAAGGAGAGAAAUAACUUUUUUUUCCCUUGGUGAAUUACCCGGUGAGUGAAUAUAUCUCCAUGGCGGACACGGCAGGAGUGACUACUUCUGCCGGGAAAAAGUAUUAGUGAACCUCAAAAAUUUUAAUUCAAAAGACGAUCCCUGAAGAGUUUCAAAUCCGAUUAUUUCCACCAACUGCUGGCCAAUAGGAUGACUUCAUGGUGGUGACGUCACAGGGCUGCUCCGCCAAUGAGAAUGAACUCCCAGUCUUUGUUGACCCUUCUGCUUUCACUCCAGAUUGGAUGGGCGGUGGCAGGGCGGCAGAGGUUCCGGCAGCGGCCCGAGAGCGUGGAGGUGGUGGAGGGCGAGGACGUGUUGCUGCGCUGUGAGGUGGAGGAGCAGGAAGGCCGCGCCCAGUGGACCAAGGACGGCUUUGCACUGGGGUUCGAGCGGGAGGUGCCGGGCUACCCUCGCUUCAGCUACCUCGGUCGCUCGGCUCUCGGUCAACACCACUUGCUCAUCAGCGGCGUGACCACCACAGAGGACGGCGAGUACCAGUGUCAGGUGGGGCCCGGCUCCUCCAACCGCCCCAUCUGGGCCGCCGCCAACGUCACCGUUCUGGUGGCGCCGCAGAGCGUGGAGAUCUCAGGGCGGAGCAACGGAGAGGAGGUGAUGGUGGGGGACGGCACCUCCUUAACCCUGGACUGCCUGGUGAAGGACGCACGGCCCGCGCCCACGGCUAUGUGGCUCAGGGACGGCGCCCCCAUUCCCCCAGGGCUGGUGGACAACACGGUGGAGAAAUCCCCGCUACCCCGCAGGUGGAGCGCCAGAAGCCACCUGGUGCUGAGGGUGACGGCCGAGGACGACGGAAGGGUGUUAUCCUGCGAGGCCGGACACCCAGCCAUUAGAGCGAACGCCGUCCCAGUGGCCUCCGUCACCCUCUCCGUCCUCCACCCCCCGGGGCACCCCAGCAUCAGUGGCUACCGGGAGGGCGAGGUGCUGGUGGCGGGGCAGCGUGUAGCACUCAUGUGUCGGUCACUGGGCGGCAACCCUCGACCCAUCCUCACUUGGCGGCGCCGUUCACGUCCACUGUCCCGCACCGUUAUGCCCCCCUCCACUGCCAUCCACAAAGCCUCCGCCGCCUCCAUCACCACCACCGCCACCGCUACUACCAGCCGCCUGCAGCUAACCGCCGCCGCCGAGGACGAUGGGGCGGAGUACGAGUGUCGGGCUGAGAGUGACCUGCUGCAGAGACCCCUUGUGGCCAGCGUGACCCUCACCGUAUACUACGCGCCUAUGUCCGUGCGGGUGUCGGGUCCCGGUCAGGUGCUGGAGGGGGAUCCGGUCACUCUCACCUGCGUCACCAACGAAUCCAACCCCCCCGCCUCCGUCAGAUGGAAAGUACAAGGGGAGACUGUUACUUCCUCCUCGGAGAAGAAAAUCCGUAUGGCCUCGGGGGGCUGGGUCACGACCUCCGAAUUGACCCACCACGAGGUGAUGUCACGCAAGGUAUCCGAGGUCACGGUGGAGUGCCGGGCGCUCAACCCUGCUAUUGACCGAGCGGUGACCAAGACUCUCAUUAUUGCUGUGUCCAAGCCUCCCGGCCCUCCCAGGUUCCAGGGCGACCUGACAAGGGAGCUCCUGGCUGGCGACACACUUGACCUCACCUGCCUCAGCGAGGGAGGUCAACCUCCACCUACAAUAAGGAUAUACAAGGGAAAGGAAGAGCUACCGACGGAGGCACGGAAGGAGGAGAACGUGACUCUGGGCAUUGCGAAGCUGCUGCUAACGCCCGCUGACAACGGUGCUGACGUCUCCUGUUGGGUCAGCAGUACCGUCAGCAGUAGCAAGAGAAAGCCUCUCACUACUGCUGCCACGCUCACUGUUAAAUUCCCGCCGUGGGAGGUGAAUGGCUGGGUGUCGCCGCCCUCAGUGGAGGAGGGAAAGACGCUCACACUGUCCUGCCUCUCCUCCCCGAGCCUGCCGCCCUCCAAUGUCACGUGGAGGUCCCGCUGGGUCACCCUUGAGGGGCCGCAGAUCACCCACAGCCCGGCAGCCUUCAGGGGAUUCACCACAAAGUCUGAGGUGGUGGUGGUGCGGGCGGCGGCGAGCCACAACGGCCGACCAGUUGUGUGCGAGGCCACCAACGGGCUGGCCUCCCCUGUCUCCACCUCCCUCACACUCCACGUCCUGCACGCGCCGCUCUGGGUCACUAAACCGCCGACGAGGAUCAACGUGACUGAGGGAAGCGACUUACUGGUGAAGGCUGUCGCUCUGGCCAACCCGGGGCCCGUCAGGUACCGCUGGCGCCACGAGAGGAUAACACUGCAAGCCACGGGGGAGGUGCUGCAAAUGUCAAGCGUCAAUAGAACACAGCUGGGCCACUACACCGUCAUCGCCUAUAGCAAGAGUGGCGCCGCGAAUGCAUCCUUUUACCUUGAUGUGCAGUACGGCCCAGAGGAGGUGUCAGCGCUGGGGCGGCGGGAAGUGAAGCAGGGCGAGGAGGUGCGACUCAAGUGUUCCUCUCGCGGCAACCCUUCCCCGCACAUCACCUGGACCAAGGACGCCAGCCCCCCGCCGUCCAGGCAGGCAGGCGGGCUGGGCUCCGGCGUGGGCGUGGCCUGGAUGGUUGUCGAGGCGGCCACCGUGAGGGACACUGGUGUAUAUUUUUGCCACUCCCGCAGCCCGCUUGGUUCCGCCCCGCCCGUGGCCUCCCGUCUGGUGGUUCAGCAGGCAGUAAAGGUAGCGAAAGACAUGAACAGAUUCCACGCGUCAUGGGCGGAGGUAGGCGGUACUGGGCGGCUGGUGUGCCGGGUGCGGGCCGCUCCUCAGCCCACGUUCGUGUGGAGCAGCUCCAGCGAUCUCAUUCUUCUCAACAGUGACAAGUACACCAUUCACGAGCCGCAGCUGACUGACGGCCUAGUCACGUGGGCGUCCGUGCUGGAAAUCACCAGGAUUCGCCACCAGGACUACACCAGCUACCGCUGUACCUCCCGCAACACCCUUGGUUCAGAUUCCGUCCUGGUGCACCUCAGGCCGCCCAGUCGUCCUCUGCAGCCUCUUCAUUUAGCAGUGACCAACGUGACAGCUGAGGAAGUGUGGCUCACUUGGACCCCUAACCUGGAGGGUGGUGCUCCGCGGGCCUACACAGUCAGAUACCGACCCGUGAACGAGUCAUCCUACCAGCACUUGGAGGUGGCGGGGGGCAUGACCUCCGUGGCGCGUAUAGGGGGGCUGGCCCCCGGACGCCAGUAUAUGGUGGGCGUGCAGGCCGUCAGCCCGCACGGCCGCUCCCACUUUGUGAGCCGCACCGUGCUCACCUGGCCAGGUCGAGACACGGAGCCGCCCACCAGCUUCCAGGGACUUGCGGGAGGCAGCGCGGCGGUGGCGGGAGGCAGGGGCGGAGCAGGCGGCGUGGACGGAGGAGGGCAGGGAGGCUCCACUCCCUCCAGGCUGCCACGGUUCAUGCUCCUGCUCCUCACACUAACGGGCGCCGCACUCCUGCUCCUCAAUCUCUCCAUCAUCACCUGCUUCGUUAGGCGACGAGCUGCAGCUGCGGCCGCUGCGGCUGCUGAUGCUGCUGCUGCAGCUUCAGCUGCCACGUCCUCCAAGAGCACGUCGGUGAGCAUCUUCCGGGUGAGUGCUACCUCCAGUCCGGCCCACCACUCCAGCGAGGUCUUCCUCUCCCUGCACUCCCUGCCAACGCCGUCUCCUGCAGAGGGUCAGGACAACGCGGCCACCACGGAGCAUUUAACGACGGAUCCUGACAAGCAUGAUGCCAAACCAGCGUCCUCGCCCUCGUCACCCGCCAUACAGGUUGCUGAGAGUGGCAUCUUCUUUGCAUCAGAGCCUGACGUGUGUUCCCAGAGUUCCAGUGUUUAUGACAACGUAAUGAGUCUCGAGGAGUUCCAAACAAGGACCCUCGAGACUCAGCAGCAGACAUCUUUCCCUUCUGUUCGAAGUGGUGGAGCGUUUGACCACCAAGAUCUCCGUCCACUACCAGCUGAAGGACACACCGACCAGGCACCGCAGUUGGUUCAGGACGCACUACUGUCUCUUCCUCGCCAGCCAAAUAUACAGCAGCAGCAACAACAGCAGCAGCAGCAGCAACAACAACAACAACAACAACAACAACAACAACAACAACAACAACAACAACAGCAACAACAACAAUUACAGCAACAACAAUUACAACAGCAGCAGCAGCAGCAGCAGCAGCAGCAGCAGCAGCAACAACAACAACAACUAGAACAGCAGCAGCAGCAGCAGUAUUUACAGCAGACACAAGAUCUUUACUCAGUCUUCCAGUCGCAGCACAAGCUUCCUCCAAAGCCUUUUAAGAUCCACUCCCUCGCGCAGCCACUACAGCAGCACACUUAUCACCAGCUUCCCCAACAGCAUGCAUUCCAGACGUCAAUUCCACAACAUAAUCAGUCGAAUCAGCUGGAGCCAAACCAGUCUGUCCAUCACUCACCGGACCAACACAGAGUAGCUUCGUCCUCCCCUCAACAUAUCACCUUCGCGCAACAGUCUCCAUAUCACCAAUCACGCCACAACUCGCCUCUCCCACUUCUCGAGGGGCAGCAGCAGGAGCCACAGCAGGAGACAGACAUAUAUCAAGAUCCUGGUCCGUCUCAGUCUCCAUUUCCAGCAGUCUCUCUCAACGACUCUUACGCAGUCAUCAACCCAGAUGGUCACAGUCACAACUCUCACAUAUUUCCUCUCGCUUCAGGAGGAAGCGACACUCAGUCACUUACCCAGCUUCAGGAAAUGGUUCCCGAGGCAGCUCUACUUUCUAUGACUUCAAACAUUUUACUGAGUUGCCCUCCAUCAGAUUCUCUGCACUCCCAGCCAGACUCCUUCCACCCCUCUCAGAGCUGGAACAUGUACCAAAACCAGGAUUCAUACGUGCAUUCCCAAGGAGAGGGGGAGAUACACCUUACGUAUCAGCCCCCAGACCAAUCCUGCCUUCCUCUCGGGUACUACUCGUCAAGCUGCAGCGUAGUGGACCAAUCCUCCGGCGAUCAUCAGCUGCUUCACAACCACUCCACGGAGGCCAUUCACAACCUUCAGAGCGAACCCAGCACUGCCCUCCACGCCCUCAGCCUCACGCACCCUUGCAGCGAUCAAAGCAACGCCGCCUUCACAAACGACCCUCAUGAAGCCCUACAAAUAGCCUCUAAUCACACCCGCUCCGCUAACGACUCAUGUCUUGAGGCCAACAACCAUCUUAGCCAUAAUAUCCCCAAUGACCCACACUCUGAAGACUAUGCCAAUCAGCUCCUCCACCGCCCAGACGCUCAUCAUCCCCAUCACCUUCUGCAAAGUCUUAACGAGCCCCAAAUAGCCUCCCUCCUUGACUCCGCCUCUCAAGACACUCACCAAGACGACAACACUCUCAUGACGGCCACUGACGCUCAAGACGCCUCCUCUCAGGUUCCCUCUGGAGUUGGGUUGGAGCUCUACACGUCACAAGAAGCUCCCGCCCCAGGCACGUGACGCUCUUCCAAAACACGUAAAUAGUCGUGCUUCUUAGUUUCUGGUCCUUCUCCUUCUUUUAUUUUAGUGUGAGUCUUGUUUCACUCUUAUCUCUUUCUGUCUUAUGUAUUUUUCUUCCUAGCUUCUGCUGCUUUUCCUUUCAACUCUUUUUCUCUUCUCUUAUUUCUUAUUGGCAGUACUUCCUAUUAAUCUAUGCUCUCUUACUUCCCUUCCUCCUCCUCUUCCUCCUCUUUCAGUAUUCCUAGUUUCGGGUACUUUUUGUUACUCUUGGUCUUCUUCCCCCUCUUCCCGUGUAGAGCCGGACGAAGGGCAGACACCAAGGUCACGCAGCCUCAACCCCGCACCACAUCGACCCCUCGCAACACGCGCCACGCACACACACUCCCGCCACAUCACGCUACUAUAAACAUUACGACGACCACCAGAGCUCGAGGACCUCCGUAUACGACCCAUAACGACUCGGGAGAACGUUGGUAGCUCUCUUAAGCACGAAAAUAAGUGAAUUCGGUGCGACUUAAUAUCCGGUCUAACUACACCUCUGUGCCACCACCGAAAUGUACAGUCGCCAUUAUUGUGCCAAACGUGAACUAUAAGAGUAUCAUAGUUCGGGGCUCGUCUUUUCAAUCAAUUUUCCAAAACCCUCGUAAAGGAAAUAUUGGAAAACUCAGGAAUUAUACGAUUAUUUUUCCCUUUUUUUUCCGUGGUUUUAAUGAAUUGUGGGCAACAUUCAUUCGUUAACUGAAGCAGGAGUUGGGAACCCAGCUAAGAAGGGAGAGAGGUUGUGAGUCUUAGUAGGAAUUGAAUGUCGUGGAAGACUGAAAGGUGGAUGGAAGGAAG